UUAUAAGAUGCUUCACUUUUAUCGCCGUCAAGAUGGCCCGGAGUUGAAGGCGACGCUUAUCAAACAAAAGAUAGUAAAAGCUUUGAAACUCUGCCAACGAAAACAAGAGAGGAAGAUGUGGAGCAACGACCAAGUUGGUUGCCUGAGAAUAGGACAAUUACUUGCAAGACUCAGGCUUCCGGUGCUACUGUCUGGGUGCAGUGGUGCUGGAGCUACAGAUAGGUAUUACGUAGAGCCAACAACAGGUGCACGAUUUCGGUCAAAGGUUGAGGUGGAACGUUAUCUAGAAACAGGAAGUAAGAAUAAAUUACCCUCUGAUACAAAUGCGACGCCAUCGGGGACAUUGAACAAAAACAAUGAAAAAUCAGGUACCAAGAAGACAGGAACGAAGAGGAAGAAGGAAGCUGUGUGGAGCUUUGAUUUUAAAAAUCCACCUGAAGAGGUUACCUGGUCUCUCGUGGAUGGAAUGUGGAAACCUUCAAUAGGUGGCGAACAGGUACAGGAAUCAACUGCUCAGGAGUGGGCAGCUACUUUUGAGCUUGAAUGUAAGAUGGAAUGAAACAUGCCCUCUCUGUUUUUUUAUUUUUUUUCUUUGGUAGAAGAAUGUUGUUGAACAUUCCUGUGACUUCCAUGCCCAGUGUGAUACAAAUAGGCUCGGAUCUAAGUAGUUCAUUAGCAUUGCUAUUAAUUAGCUUGGCAGAAUAUCUCCUGUUCCCCAUUCAUGUGAUUUCUAUGAAUGUCGUCGUGGAGGUGUGGGAUUUUUUUAGCA